GACACUCCACUAACAACAAAAAUGCGCCCGUUCAUCCUUCUCGCUCUUCUCGUCUCCGUCACCGUCGCCUUCAACAUCUUCCGCGAUGAAGUUGUCCCGGAGGAGCAACUCCUGGCGGUUCGUCGUACGACUCGUGAUGCUUCCGACAGUAGCAGUGAUUCGGAUGAGAAGGACGAUGCCAAGACUACCGUUACUGAUGGCUCAGGAUCUGGUGAGAGCCCUGCCGAAGAGCAGCUCCGUCGUGUGGUUCGGGAUGUUGACGAGGAAGCUUCCGGGGAAGGAUCCGGCGCCGCCGAAGUGACUUCAGUUCCAGUCAGAUUUGUUCGUUCCGUCGAUGCCGAAGGAUCCGGCUCUGGAUCCGAUGAGUAAAUUACCGCCGCCAAGAUCCCUAAAAUCCAAUGAUCUGUACAUAUUUCGGAGUAUUUAAACAAUUUACACCCAACUUCUGUUCUUUCUCUUCACGUUCUUUCAAUUUUUUUUGCUCAAAGCAAACAAAUUUCUAAUAAAUUAUUAUGAUCU